UAGUGUAGACAUGGCGGGGCUAGGGUGUGGGUCUUAUGAACUUAGUAAUAAUAUUACUCAAAGUAAAAGUUAUCUACAUGUGAAAUUAACCGAUUCCGCGUUUAACGCCAUAGAGGAUUACUUACGGAUUAAGAACAGCGCUGCAAGUCCAAAGAUUGCCUUUAGAAACCAUGAAGGGGAGAUUCAAAUCCCUUGUAGUCGUAACAAUGUCACCGCCCAUUUUUCCUUCUCCCUACAAAGUAUAUUGGACCAUGAUGGGCCACAAGGCAGCUUCGAGUUCAUCAAGCAGUCUGGGGACAGGGGUUUGGCAUCUAUUGGACCAUUGUUGGGAAAGCUGCGGAUUCAGGCUAAAGAUGAUACAUACGAUAACGCCCGCAUCAGUAUGGAGAAAGCCAAUCAGAAAAACAUGUUAAAAUGUGUCAAAGAAGUGAAAACCAACAGUGACAGCCCAUUUGUACGGCAACGUAGUAACUAUGUUAAAAAGCCCCCAAGUUCCAAAGUGGUUGGUCUGCCACAGAGGGAGCCCACAGCAGAAUUACACUCCAAUAAUAGAUUCAGCAAUUCUAAUUCUCCGCAUGGAAGUCAUUCAAGUGGGACUCUUGGGGUUGCUCCUACCAACAAACCAAGACCACCUCCCCCUCCAAGUAACCCAAAUGGCAAGAUUUGCAAUCCAGACCUGAUGAAAAAACCACUCAGAGAGCGUGUAAUUCAACUUCUCGCAAUUAAGAGUUUUAGAAAACCUCAGUUGAUUGAGAGAUUACAUACAGAGGGCCUGAAGGAGAAAGACAAACGCCAAGUUACAUGCGUUUUGAAUAGUGUUUCCCAAGCAAAAGACAACAUUUAUCAUUUAUCUAAGCAUUUAUGGAGUGAAGUUAAAGAAGAUUGGCCAUUUUACAGUGAGGAAGAGAGGGAGGCUGUUAGAAGGAACAGGCCUCAAGGACUUGUAAAUAAUAGUCACUCUCCCCACUCUACGCCAUCUUUAUCACCAUCUACUAACUCUUCAUCUGCUGGGAUGCCAUCUACAAGCUCGCAAGGUCUUAAACGUACUCUUGAGGAGACAUUUGACCCAACCGUCAAACGAGUACGACCCUCCCGUUACAUGAGUUCUAGAUUACGGAAACCAGAAGCCAAAGUAGAAUCUGAAAAGUGGAAGGAGUCUAAGCAGAGCUCAUCCGUGCCCAACCACCAACCAGAUACAAACCAUUUGACAAAUGGUCAUCAUCCAGGGGAGGAGCAGUAUGGGAUGAAUGGUGCUUUAAGUCCUGGCACUAAUUCUUUAUCCAAUCCAUCGACAUCCCCCCUCAUUCAGAACUCUCCGAGACAUCGCCUCAAUGGCACCAUCAACUCAGGAACACAUUCUCCUAUAAACUCCUUGUCCAAUGGCCUAACAAAUGGUCAUAACCCCCCUCAUGAAACCAAUGGGCACAGCAGAGUAGGACAGUCAACUCCUAGCUCGUCUCCAGACACUAAUGGCGGUGAUGAGGGUCCAGCAUACCUCAGGAAUUACACAACUAUAGUAUCUCCAGACCAACGAAGUCGAUACAAAGCUGACUUCAAUAGGGAAUACCAAGAGUAUCAACAACUUCAUAAUUAUGUUGAGAGACGAACGAGAAUGUUCUCACAACUAGAUGAAAACUUGCGGAAUGAGCCACUGGGUUCGGAAGGCUAUAAUAAGUUACGUGCUCAGAUAAUUAAUUUGUAUAACACAACUAAAUCAGACACUGACUUCCAAAGGAAGCAAGAACGAUAUAAUUAUCUUCAUGAAAAGUUAACUCAUAUCAAGACUUUGGUGCGAGAGUAUGAUCAGGACCAUUCCUAGCACCGGUUAACUUCCCUCGCACUGCCAUUCACACACCCAACCCACAAGUCCUGCGAUGUUCCGAGGGGGUAAGGAUCUGUUGUGGUUACCAAAGUGUGCCUCAGCCCUCGAUGUGUGAAGAGUGGCAAAGUCAGCAAGUGAAAAAAAAUUGAUAAAAUAUAAAAUAAAAUAUAGUUGAUGUAAAUCAGAAAGGGUUGUAAAUAAUGGUUCUGUGGAUGUUUUCAUUCUUUAUGAAAAAGGAUGAGUUUUUAUUGUCUACUGUCCGUUGACUGGGACAUCUGUAACUGUUGCAGUUUGAUCUGCUCAAAGGUGAAACACCCAGUAGUGUAUAUUAUUUUCCAUUUCUUUUAUAAAGAAAAGUGAGUUGGGUGUGUUUAAGCAGGUGGCUGCUGCAGCUGGUUCAUAUGUAGUGUAAGAGGUAUGCGUCAUGCUGUGCCAAGAGACUGAUUAUUAUGGUGACACCUUCUUAUACCCAGUGUGUCCUUCCCUUCCACCAAAGUGAUUACUUCCCUUGUCCCCUCCCAUUCCCCUUGUACUUCAACUGUGUGUUUCCAAAACUGCUUCGCCCUCAUGAAUCCCAGUCCCAUACAUGACAAAAUUAUCUGGUGCAGUGUUGUUGGUGGAAUUAAAGAACCCUCUGUAUUGCGCACAGACCUGGAACUGUUAAAUGAGGGUCUUGAUGCCCACCCAUUGUCACCCUGUCACUGGCUCCAGUUAAAAAGAGGGAAUUCCUGAGAAUCAGUCCUUGCUGAAGCCAAACCUGCCAAUUAUUGUAUAAAGUGAACUGGAGUAUGAAUAUAUUGUAUAGAAAAUGUAUAAAAGUAUUCUAUUUUAGUAGAGUACUCGAGGGUAUGAUGCCCUUUAUACCAUAGACUUAGUUGAAUGUAUAUUUUAUAUAUCAUUCCAAUAAGAGAUCAGGCCCUAGUGUGUGGAUUUUUGAUCAGUCCUGGAAUACUGUAUUAGAAAGAGAAAAUAUGGUUUGUUGUCAACUUCAGAGUUGGCCAACUUGUGAUACCAUGCAGUAAGUGAAUUACUUUGGAAAACAUUUGGUGGUGUUAUGAAAAAGGUGUAUACCUGUAUAGUGCUUGUCAGGUGUUAGUUAAUCACAGAGUGGGCCAAAACCAAAUUAGCUUUUCGCUCAAUGGGCCAGGCUUAGUGUCCAAUGCUUGGUUAAGCCCAGCCGACCAAUUCCCGAGCCCAAAUUUCCAUGGCUUUUGUCCAGAAUUCAGUAAAAGCUGGAAAAGGCCUGUUACACUUACUGUUAAUAUCUCAAAUUUGAAGACAGUUGCAAGACUGGACUUGACAGACCGACUUGACUGAAUGACUAAUCUGUGGGAGCUUGGUGCCAGAAAUGUUAAAUACUUGCCAAUACAAUCAGUAUAGGCAGUUUUAUGAAUCCCCCUUUUGUACUUUCUUGCCAUAUAGCAUAGGUGCAUCAUUAGUAUUAAUUGCAUAAUUUUUGCCAAACACUUUAUUUAGUAGUCUACUGAAAUUUGAUAGGUGUUCAGUAUUACAUCAAAAAGGUCUAAACAUGGCAGUAUGCUCUUUAGAAGUGAAUGCUCAAGAUUGUUAUGAAUUGGUAAUUAGCUUGUUAUUUUAUUUUAUAUUAGCACUGGUUGUGACCAUAAUAUUGCUAGGUAUGUUACUUUCAUAUAAAAGGCAAUGGUUCUUGACAUUUUUAAAUCAAUCAGUUGUGUUGGAUGUAAGUAUCCUUCAUUAUAUCAAUGAUACUGUUGUGUUUUUUUUUAUAUAUAUAUAAAGAAUGUCCUAAGAAAUUUCACUUUUUAGAAAGUGUUACUGGUACAUACUCCCUUUCCAAAUGAAUUUGUGAAUAUGGUAGUGAUGAGGUUAGUAAUUGCACUCUGCCUUGGUUCUAGAAACAUUAAGUUCUUUAAAUGUUGCCGAUUUAUAUGGAAUUGGAUGAACUGCAAGUUAAAUAGAAGUAAUUCAGAAAUCAUGAAAUGUUAAAAUUGUAAAAUUUUGUUGCCUUUUGAAUGAGUGGUUUAGUAGCUGUUAUUCAAUAUCCCAUUACUAAAAAAAUUUUGUUGGUCAUAUUCAAUUACAGAUGUUUUGUUUAUUAUAUAUUUAGACAUUAAUUUGUAGAGAGAAAUUUGUAAAAGAAAUGCUCAAAACAUGAGAAAAGUAUGCUCUCAGAUAAAAUAUUGAAAAUUUCUUAUAUAUGUAUAUAUAUUUUACUUCACAAAGACUUCAUAAUAGUAAAUCAAAUUGUGUUUGCAUUUUCUAUUUGUAUAUCAUGAAAGAUGCUUAGUCCUAUGGUACGUAAUUAAGGUUGAAUGGUUACAUCUGUGACAUAAUAACUGUGAUUUGUUAGACAUGUUUUGUGUGUAAGCUUUGAGAAUGGUAUAAUUUCAAAUCUCUCUUGUAUAUUAUUUCUGUGACCUAGUCUCUAGGAUUAUUGAGACCAACUAGCCAAUGUUUUUUUUUUUUUUUUUUUUUUUUUUUUUUUUCUCUCUUUCUCAUAGGUUUUGUGCAGGGGUAAUGGUAACUUGUUAUAAAUUUUAUUAUUUUGCAUAGUAGGAGUAUCCAAAAUUUUUCUGCAAACUAGGUCAUGCCCUUGGCACACUUUUUGUAUUUUUCAUUUCUGAAGUGUAAAUAAAAAAAACAGCAGCAAUUCAUAGUAUAUAUGAUUUAAAAUGGUAUCUAAAUUAAUGAGUGUUUCAUGUCAUUGCCAUGUCAUAUUCAAGAUGAUGAUAGACCUUGCCAUUGAGGUUGUGCUAAGAUGAUAAAUUUGAUCUUUUAUCUGGAUGCAUUAUUGAUAAAUGAACUGCCUUCACGAACUAUGCAUCUGUUGGUUGGCCAUUGAAAUAUUAUUAUAUGUGGCUGUGAUACAGGUCAUCUAGUUGGACUAAGAUCAUGCAUCUUGUAUGAAAAGCGGUUGAUAUUUUUAAGUACAUAUUCUAUGAAAAAGAUAUUUUUAGAAAUGAUACUUGAUCUCCUAGUCUUUCUUAAUCUCGCCUUUUAUGGUUUGUUUAUUUUUUGAGGGGGAAUUGGUUCUGUAAUAACUAUCCUGGUUACCCAAAGAAGAGAGGUAUUUUAAUUUUUUUUGAAAUGCUGUUUUCAAUUAAGCCACUUUAUCCAGAGAUGCAGGUUCUUAUGCAGUUUGAUUCCUAGUCACUGUGAAUGACUUACUUUCAUUUUUUCUUACUUGGAAUUAAGCAUGAUUGAUACUGGAGAAUCACUUAGAAUUUUUGUCAUUUCUCACCAGUUUUUGUAUUUAAAGAGUAUGUAUGUAGCUUAGGUUGUAAAACAUUAGAACUACUCUUCUUGGGUAGUUAUGGUGUUAAGAAAAUUUUCAUUAUCAGUUCCUAUUGGUAAUGGGUUUUGCACUGAUGCAGGAAUUUACAAUUGAAGUGCAGUACUAUUUGUUGUGCUGUGUGCCAUGAAUUUAUUGUGGCUGCUUGAGUGAACAUUCCAACACAACUGAUUUUGUUAUAUUCAUGUGCAUUUUUAUGAUUAUUGAAGGGCAUAAACAUUAAAGGUAUAUUUCCCGGCAUGCAUCAAACUUGUAGAUUGUGGAGUCCAUCAGUAUAAUGUACUUUGUAUUUAAAUAAAUGUUUGAGUAUACAUAUAUAAUAUGAAAAGAACGUAUUUGCUCAUAGAACAUGCAUAAAUAAAUAUUGGUAGACAAAUGACUUUGGACUUGCGUGACCUUGACAAAAAGGACUAGACUUUCUCACUUCUUGAAACUGCCGCUUUCCUAUCCGAGAAGUACGAAAUUAUCUAUUCAGUUUUUGAAAAAUCUAGUUUGUGCUUGACUGAUCAAGUUUCUUUCUGCUGUACUUUUCAUGAAACCUGUUUUGCUGUCUUGUUUUUCCUCACCUUAGGUGCCAUACAAUACUGACACCACUUGUCACAGGAAAUUUAUCUGUUGCAACUUUUUUUAUGAAUGCAUGGUAGCAGGGUUUUAUGGUAAACUAAUUGAAUCACAAAACCAUUUUUGAAGUUGAGAUUUGAUAAACACGUUAACACAAUACUGUAAUCCAAAAAUAAUUUAGUCAGUGAACUUUUAAAGUUUAUAUUUAGUAAAUAUGUUGAGACUGAAUAAGGGACUGAUGGGAGUGACUAGACCUGUGCACAAACUUCUGUCAUGGUUUACAAGGCUGCUGUCAAUAUGUGGAAAUACGUACAAGUCACAAAAGCGGAGAUGGGUCAAGUUGUAUUCCAUCAUUUAAGGUAAUUCUCAAUCUCUUGAGCUUGAAAAUGCUUUGUGAGGAGACAAAUUGAACAUUCAUUUGUUUGUUCAUAUUGGAGUUGCUCUCAUGUUGUGUUUAUUUAGAUAAAGUUUUAAUUCUUUUGUCUACAAAGUUUAGUGAAGUUACCUACUUUGAGUAAACGUGUGAUAAAUUGUGGAAAAUUUUUCACAAUCUGGUUGUUCUUGUUAGUAAUUGUUUGUUUUUGUGAUGAGAAUUAAAACGGGUAGUGUUGGGAAGUAUGCAAACACGUUAGUGAAGGCAUCUUGGCAGCAGUCUAAUUUCCAAGGCUGACUCAAGACCUACUCUUUGGUGUGUACUUAGCUAUCAUAUAGUGCCACUUGGACCUUAAACUAUGUUCAGACAUUAUUUUCUUUUUUUAUUUUUAAACUACAGUAUUGUUGGCAUAGUAGCACGAGUAACAAUGGUACAGGCAACAGUUAUUGUCACUGAAAAUGUAAGCCAAGUUCCCAAGUUAGUCAUUGGCAUGAAUACUUAGUUUUCUUUUAGAGCCGUGAAUAUAUUUUGUCUUCUAUUUUCAAAUGAGUACAGUCAUGAUUUAGCAGUGAGAAUGUGGAAGUUUUAGGUCUUCAUAUCUUAAUGAUAUGUUGGUCAUGUGUAUUAGGAGCUAAGUGUUCAGUCAUGGUUUUUGAAAUUUUUAACUUCAUUGUUUGCCUAUGGGCAAUAUCAUUGUGGCAUUGCCAUUUGUCGGUAUGUAAACUUGUGCCUUUGUGAAAGAGGCACUACCCCUUGAUAAAAGGUGAAAUUUAUCGAGUGUCCAUAAUGUAAUUAAAUGGUGUGCAGUUGGAAACCUAAUAGGUAUCUGUAUACCACACAAGGCGUCCUAACGUUGACGACUUCUGCCCGGCCAGGCCUCUCCAUGCUUCCACUAUUACUGUACAGUUUUCUUGAGCUUCUUAUGAUUAUUGUUAUUUUAUGCUUUAAUUUAUAUCCGAAUAUUAUAGGGGUUUAAUAUUGAGAAGUGGGGUAUUGGUGUGAAGGAAAAUAAAAUGAAAAUAAAAAUAACAUUUAUGUUAAAAUGCAAAAAAUAUGUUUAAAUAUGUUCUGCACAUGCAGCUAGCUAUCCCUGCUAUGAUGCCAACUAGAAAUUAGUGUUUUCAUGCAUAUUUGUUAUGCCAAGAAUGAAACGCCAUCACAGUUUUGGUAAUAAGUGCUGUUUUAUAGCACUUCUUUAGUCAGACACUUGACAUUGAAUUGUUCUUGUACAGCUGUGUAUAGCAAAUCUGUUUUGGGUCUGUACUUGAAUAUAGUAAGUGUGAUCUGACUCAGAAGUGCUUUAUGCACAGUUAAAACAUCACCUGGGUUGUUGAAAUUCUUUGAGAGGAAUUUCAUAUGGAAAAGCUUUAAGAAAAAGGCUACAAACAUCAUAGUGAUGACAUCUGCUGCUGGAGAAUCCUCUAAAAGACAUUUGAAAUAGUGUAUUUUAAAAUCCCUGAUUUGACCAAAAAAAUCAUUUUAGCUUUUAAUCUUUAAUUUAAUUAUUUUUUGAAAAUGUUAGCAUUUUCCAAUCCAAAGAGCUAAGAUGGUUUUGUAAAGUAAAAUUUAGCAAUCCACUGUUAGUGGCCAAAUAGGGAAAAGUUUGUCCAUAGCAGGAAAUUCUAAUGGUCCAGUGUCCACUUAGUUCCAAUAGCUGGAAAUGUCCAAAUAUUUACAGUCAAGACAAAUAAUUUGUCCAAAACAAAGCUUAAUACCGACCAUAUGUUGUCGUCCAAAAAUGGAAUUUCCUUGUAAAGUUACUUGUCCAGAACAAGAUGAUGGUUAAUCGAGUAGGUGUGGUGCGCAUUUGAACCUGCUGCUUACUUCUUUGGUGUGAUGUAGAGGGGUACAUGAGGCUGCCGGAUGGAAGAUGGGUGUCACUUUGACAUGCCCAGCUCUCUCCUAAUUUACUCCCUACACAUUACUUCUUAAAAGUUGGUAGCAUUGCCAUAGAUAUUGCUUCAUCAGUAGUGGUGCCCUACUUGGUCAAGGACAGAUUUUGGUCUUUCAGUGAUGGGCAAGUCUACAUUAUCCGAGUAGUUUUGGCAUCAACAGCUCCAGUCCUAUGGAGAGCUAAUGACUUCAGUUGUUACAUUGACCAGUAAAUCUUUUGAUUUUACCAAAGAAAGGAAAUGUGAAAGUCAGAUUAGGACAGAUUGUCUAUGCAAAUUUAGCGGCAAUUGAUGCAGUUUUACCACAAGCAGUGCCUCGUCCAGUCCUUGUAUUGCUGGUACUACUGUGAAGCUGUGGUGCCUCAUGGUCUUAAUGCUUUUGGAAGAGUUUAGUGUUGAGAAAAUGGUAAGAUCAAGGUGUUGAGACGACUAAAAGUGCUUGGCAUUUAUACAUAAGUUUGUCCAUAUUGUAUACCCUGUGAUAUUUCUUUACAAAGGGUUCCUGUUUUUGUUUGUUUUUUUUGUUUUUUUUUCUCUUUCACACACACUUUCUGUCUCUCUCUCUCUCUCUCUAACCCUUAUGAACAUUUUGUAAUCCUGUGAUUAGUCCUGAGCAGGAACCCUUCCCCAGAGCUGCGACCUCUGCUAGGAGUGGUGUAACUGAACAAUAAAAGAAAAAAAAAUAAAAAUUUACAUUAUUGCAUGCAGCAAAA